GGUGCGACUGUGAGAAGCAUGGAGAUUCAUCUCAGCCGCAGAGUUUGGUCACACUUGUCAUGACUGAAGAACAGACGGAAAACUGGGAAUCAUAUUGAGCCUCAUCGGUCACAUGAGCCCCAUCGCAUUCCUGUGAAGAUCUGGUCCCAUGCUCACCUUGGGUGACACAAAUCUGAUGAAGACAGUUUAGCUCUCAAAGAUAUGGAAGGGCACGAAGAGGAGAGACUGUGUGGGAAAUGGAGGUUGGCCUGCGGUUUACACACUUAUAACUGGAGGGAUGUCUUCACAUGGCGUUUGCUGAAGACCAUCCUCAUGGGGCAGGUCUUGUCCCUGCUGAUCUGUGGCACAGCAGUGAGCUGUAAGUGCCUCAUGGAUUCCGGGGUGAAGACGCCCAUGCUGCAGAGCUUCUUCAACUACCUCCUGCUGCUCCUCGUCUAUACGACCAUCCUCUGCACGCGCAAAGGUGACAGGAACAUCUUGAAAAUCUUAAAAACCAAGUGGUGGAAGUAUUUGGUGAUGGCUCUGGCCGAUGUGGAGGCCAACUACGUUGUUGUGAAGGCCUACCAGUUCACCACCCUGACAAGUAUACAGCUGCUGGACUGCUUCGUGAUCCCGGUGCUGAUGGUCCUCUCCUGGUUCUUCCUGAAGACUCGCUACAGGCUGGUCCACUUUGUGGCCGUGGGGAUGUGCCUGCUGGGCGUAGGGGCCAUGGUGGGAGCCGACAUCCUGGCUGGAAGAGAAAAGGGAUCCACCAGUGACGUGGUGCUGGGAGAUGGCUUGGUCCUGCUCAGUGCCGCCUUCUACGCGGUGUCCAAUGUGUGCCAAGAGUACACGGUGAAGAACUUAAGCCGGAUCGAAUUCCUGGGCAUGAUGGGCCUCUUUGGGACCCUCCUCAGCGGCAUACAGCUAGCCAUCCUGGAAACUCACGCAGUGGCGGCAAUUAAAUGGGACUUUCACAUCUCCAUGCUGUUUGUGUUGUACGGCCUGUGCAUGUACGCGCUGUACAGCUUCAUGCCCGUGGUGGUGAAGAUGACCAGCGCCACGGCGGUCAACCUCUCUCUGCUCACCGCCGACCUCUUCAGCCUCUUCUGUGGCCUCUUCCUCUUCCACUACACGUUUUCAGCGCUGUACAUCAUCUCGUUCGUAGUCAUCACCGUGGGCUUCGUCAUGUUCAACGCCGUGCCCAUUUACUCCGCGUUGCCGGAGUCCGGCUCCGGUGGGGACGACCCCGCCGAGGUGUUGGCCGACCUCCCCGCCGAGAGCUCCUCGGACCGUCUACUGUCUGCGGGCAGAGCCGCUCCGAGGACCGAGACCCCGGCGGCCGAGGCCGAGGCCGUGCUGAGACCGGAGACAGAAGACGGUCUCUAAGAGCUGACCGACUGCGACACGUCUCCUCGCAAAGGAAUCUCAGUUUUGACUUUGCCAUUCUUCCAUAAUUACAUGUGUUAUUAUUAUUUCAGUUUGCAUUGACACAUUUUUCAUUCCUAUUUGUUUUCUUUUUAAAUUAAAAUAUCUUUAUGAACGGGGAUCAAACACCAUCUGAUACUACGUGUGUCCCGGAUGUCGCCGUGUUCAACACAAACAAUGCACUGCUAUUUAUUGCGCCAAAACUGAUGCGUUACAUUCUUUCUCAUUUUUGUAUCAGUAUAUUUUAUACACACGUCAGCCACCACUGUGUUAAUGUCAUUGUUUUGAAAAACAGACCCAAAGUUGUAUUCUUGUUGCCUAUGGUGCCGUUACAAUGUUCAUUUAGUAAAUACACUGUACAUCUCGAGGCUUCCUGCGCCUUGUGUCAAGCCUGUUGACAUGCAGAGGUUUCACUUUUUACAAUGAAAUAGAUUUUUGUAUUAACCUAGGUCAUCAUCAUUUUCAUUGACUUCAUACUUUAUUUGUUUCUGCUUGGUUGUUCCAUGGAGGUAAGUUUUGUUUAAUGCCUUCGGGCCGACAUUUUGUCCAAAGAAGGAAUUUCUUAAAAUUGAGCCUCAAAGAUGAACUGAUUAAAUUUGUUCGGGUCAAAGGUCACUGUGACCUUCUUAGAAUGUUUUUACCCAUAAUUAAAGAAUACAUAUGCUUAUUAUGACCAUUUUCCACAAAUGCCUAAGAGAUUAAAAUGACGAUAUGAUGAUAGGAAAAUAAAGACUUGUGUGCCUUUGCUCA